AGCCUUUGGGUUUCGCUUUAUUGGGUCUGUAGCAAGCCACUGUUUUAUCAAGGAUCAACGGUCACAGGGAAGAAGAAGGAAGGAGAGAGACAAUCACCAUCAUCAUCUGGAGUAGAUUUUUUGGCACAUUUGUCUCUGCCCAUUUCCUUUUUGGAGUGGUGAAGAGGAAUUCCGGAGACAGAAGCAAGGAAAAGCCUCUCUGAUUGCAACCAUACCCACCAAUUUUGUUGCUUCCAGUCGUCCCGUUAAGCGGACGAGUGGAUGCGAUGGCACCCCAUGGAUGUGAUGCCGCUGCUUGAAACUCCCUCUUUUUUACUUUGGGGAUUGCUGCAUGGAGGGAAGCCCUAGUUCUAAUCCUAAUUCCACGCUGCCCACGUCUUAUCCCCAAAUCCUGACCCUCGAAACCUCCUUGCUCAAUAUUUGAUUUUAUUGCCGUCGAUGGCCGACGCCGCUGCUAUUCUUGCCGGCGACGAAGGCAUCGAGAGCGUCUCUCACGAUGGUCUGAAGUUCUGGCAAUUCAUGGUUGCCGGGUCGAUCGCUGGCUCCGUCGAGCACAUGGCCAUGUUUCCGAUUGACACUCUGAAGACUCGGAUGCAGGUGCUUGCUUCCGGUUGUGGCGGCUCAGUCGGCCAGGCGCUCCGAUCCGUCGUGAAGGUGGAAGGCGCCCUCGGUCUGUACCGCGGGAUCGGCGCCAUGGGCCUUGGCGCCGGCCCUGCCCACGCCGUGUACUUCUCCGUCUAUGAGAGGUGCAAGUCGUUGCUUGGCGGCAAUUUGCCCGGCCACCAUCCCUUUGCCCAUGCUGUCGCCGGUGUCGCCGCUACCGUCGCGAGCGAUGCGGUCUUCACCCCCAUGGAUGUGGUGAAGCAGCGGCUACAGCUCAAGAGCAGCCCUUACAGGGGAGUGGUGGACUGCAUCAGCAGGAUAAUGAGGGAAGAAGGUCUUAAGGGAUUCUAUGCUUCGUAUAAAACCACCGUUGUCAUGAACGCCCCUUUUACCGCCGUCCAUUUCACGACCUAUGAAGCUGCCAAGAGGGCGCUCAUGGAGGUUAGCCCAGGCGGUGUGAGCGAGGAGCGGCUCCUCGUUCAUGUGACUGCAGGGGUGGCAGCCGGAGCUCUCGCAGGCGUCGUCACCACUCCAUUGGAUGUUGUUAAGACUCGAUUACAGUGUCAGGGUGUCUGUGGAUGCGAUAGAUUCACCAGCAGCUCAAUUGGAAGCGUGAUCCAAAUGAUUAUUCGGAGAGAGGGUUAUGCUGGUCUAAUGAGGGGAUGGAGACCGAGAAUGCUAUUCCAUGCUCCUGCUGCAGCCAUCUGCUGGUCUACAUAUGAAGCAGCCAAGGCUUUUUUCCAAGAAAUCAACGAUAAUGAUACGAUUUUGUCUUGAAAGUAUACCUCCUAGCUUUUUUUUUCAUCUAUCACUUGUACCAUUAUCUGUAUCUUUGAGGCUUUGGCAGCCAUUGUUGUUAUUAUUAUUAUUCUCCCGCAAUAUGGUGCUUAAUGUGCUCAUUAUUGGAAAAGGUGCUUAGCUAGUUCAAAGGGGCGGUUGAUUAAGCCAUUGCUUUUUGUUGCGAAAGAAAUAAGGAGAGACUUCUGGUUCCAUUGGACAGUAAAUCUUCUGGUUGGUGUUACUGCAUGUUUCCCUUGUAUCUAUUUCUUUAUCCGGCAGACGAUGCAAAAGGAAGUAGUCGUUUUAAAGA